GAUACAAGGAACAUGGAAACCGGCACCCCAGCCUCAGAGCAGACUAGCUGCGCCAAAGAGGAUCAGCAGGUUGGUUUCCUUGAAGAUACUGGAGGUGCCGAGGCUGUGCGCACUGCAGAUCCGAAGAGCACUGAAGACGGUCGACCCCAAGAUGAGCCGGGCAGCGGCAACCAGGAGAAUUCUGGGCAGCUGAUGGCUUCCUAUGAAGGUACAGCCAGGGGGUAUCAGGUGCCUCCCUUUGGCUGGCGCAUCUGCCUCGCUCAUGAGUUUAUAGAGAAGAGGAAACCCUUUCAAGCCAACAACGUCUCCCUGAGCAACUUGGUGAAGCAUGUAGGCAUGGGCUUGAGGUACUUGUGCUGGUGGUACAGGAAGACUCAGGUGGAAAAGAAAAAACCUUUCAUUGACAUGUUAAAUUGCUUGCCCUUAAGACAGAUCUAUGGUUGUCCUUUGGGUGGCAUUGGAGGAGGUACUAUCACCCGUGGCUGGAGAGGCCAGUUUUGUCGUUGGCAGCUCAACCCUGGAAUAUACCAGCACCAAACAGUCAUUGCUGACCAAUUCACAGUGUGCUUACGUCGGGAAGGGCAGACUGUAUACCAGCAAGUCCUGUCCCUGGAGCACCCAAGUGUCCUGCGCAGUUGGAACUGGGGCCUCUGUGGGUUCUUUGCCUUCUACCAUGCCCUCUAUCCCCGAGCCUGGACUGUUUAUCAGCUUCCUGGCCAGAAUGUCACCCUCACCUGCCGACAAAUUUCACCCAUCUUACCCCACGAUUACGAGGAUAGCAGCUUGCCUGUAGGAGUCUUUGUGUGGGAUGUGGAAAAUGACAGUGAUGAAGCCCUGGAUGUGUCCAUCAUGUUUUCCAUGCGGAAUGGACUUGGGGGCGAGGAUGAUGCCCCAGGCGGUUUAUGGAAUGAGCCCUUCAGACUAGAGCAAGAUGGAGAAACUGUACAGGGGUUGCUGCUGCAUCAUCCCACCCUUCCAAACCCUUACAUAAUGGCUGUGGCUGCACGACUCACGGCAGAUACCACGGUAACCCACAUCACAGCCUUUGACCCUGACAACACUGGGCAGCAGGUGUGGCAGGAUCUACUUCAGGAUGGACAGCUGGACUCCCCUCCUGGCCGAAGCGCCCCCACUCAGAAAGGAGUCGGCAUUGCAGGAGCUGUGUGUGUUGCAGGGAAGCUGCCGCCUCGAGGACGAUGCUGCCUGGAGUUCUCACUAGCAUGGGAUAUGCCUAGGAUUGUGUUUGGAGCCAAGGAACAUGUACACUACAGGCGAUACACAAGGUUCUUUGGUCAAAGUGGUGAUGCAGCACCCGCCCUUAGCCACUAUGCACUGUGCCAAUAUGCAGACUGGGAAGAGAAGAUCUCGGCUUGGCAAAGCCCGAUAUUGGAAGACAGAUCCUUGCCUGCCUGGUACAAAUCUGCAUUGUUCAAUGAACUGUACUUCUUGGCUGAUGGAGGCACAGUAUGGCUGGAAGUUCCUGAGGAUUCCCUACAGGAGGAACUGGAGGGUACCUUAAGGCAGCUUCGCCCCAUGCUACAGGAGUAUGGUCGAUUUGGCUAUCUUGAAGGCCAGGAAUAUCGCAUGUACAACACAUAUGAUGUCCACUUUUAUGCCUCCUUCGCUCUUGUAAUGCUCUGGCCCAAACUGGAGCUCAGCCUGCAGUAUGACAUGGCUCUGGCCACUCUGAAGGAAGACCUAACACGACGACGAUACCUGAUGAGUGGGCUGAUGGCACCUGUGAAAACGAGGAAUGUCAUCCCACACGACAUUGGGGACCCAGAUGAUGAGCCGUGGCUCCGGGUCAAUGCAUAUUUGAUCCACGACACUGCUGACUGGAAGGACCUAAACCUGAAGUUUGUGCUGCAAGUUUAUCGGGACUAUUAUCUGACCGGUGACCAGGGCUUCCUGAAGGACAUGUGGCCUGUGUGCUUGGCUGUUAUGGAGUCUGAGAUGGAGUUUGACAAGGAUCAUGAUGGACUCAUUGAGAACGGAGGCUAUGCAGACCAGACCUAUGACGGAUGGGUUGCCACGGGGCCCAGUGCAUACUGUGGAGGGCUGUGGCUGGCAGCUGUCGCUAUGAUGGUCCAGAUGGCUAUUCUUUGUGGAGCACAGGACAUUCAGGAGAAGUUUUCUUCCAUCCUUAGCCAGGGCCAAGAAGCCUAUGAGAGGUUGCUGUGGAAUGGCCGCUACUACAACUAUGAUAGCAGCUCCCACCCUUGGUCCCGUUGUAUCAUGUCUGACCAGUGUGCUGGUCAGUGGUUCCUGAGGGCCUGUGGUCUAGGAGAAGGAGACACGGAGGUAUUUCCUACCACACAUGUGGUCUGUGCUCUCCAAACUAUCUUCAAGUUCAACGUCCAGGCCUUUGCAGGAGGAGCCAUGGGAGCUGUGAAUGGGAUGCAGCCCCAUGGGGUCCCUGAUAGAUCCAGUAUCCAGUCUGAUGAAGUCUGGGUGGGUGUGGUCUAUGCACUGGCAGCCACCAUGAUCCAGGAGGGCCUGACAUCCGAAGGCUUCCAGACAGCUGAAGGCUGCUACCGCACAGUAUGGGAACACCUGGGUCUGGCCUUCCAGACGCCUGAGGCAUACUGCCAGCAGCAUGUGUUCCGCUCCCUGGCUUACAUGCGGCCUCUGAGCAUCUGGGCCAUGCAGCUGGCCCUGCAGCAGCAGCAGCAGCAGCAUAAAAAGGCCUCCAAGCCAAUAGCUGAACAAAACACAGGACUAAACAGAAGGCCUAAAUCUGGACCAAAGGAAGCCAUAGCAAACCUGAGCCCAGAGUGAGCCCUGUGAACUGUGAGAGGGAGGAGCUGACAGGCCCAGCCUCCAGUCUGGCCUUCCCUCCUUUCUGGCAAUCUCCUGCAUCCCUGAGCCACCAGGACAAUCAUACCUCCUUCCCCAUCCCAACCCAGCUGUGCCAGUAAAGAGGGGUGGGGGAGAUCCACGCGUCAGAAUCACUUAUUUAUUUCUUUCCUUACCCGCUCCCCUCAUUGCAUGAAGUGUUCAAGGCGGAUCACCUGAAUCUACCAGGGCCAUUCACAGGAUAACAGGUACACAAAAGUACAAAUAAAAGACCUAGAAAGCUAUUAA